GCGAGCGAUGGAUGAGGACAACAUGACGAGGAGCGAGGAGCAGCAGCUGAGUCUGCAGAAGGCGCUGCAGCAGUGCGAGCUGGUCCAGAACAUGAUCGACAUCAGCAUCUCCAACCUGGAGGGGCUCCGCACCAAGUGCGCCGCCUCCAACGACCUCACGCAGAAGGAGAUCCGCACCCUGGAGAGCAAGCUGGUCAAGUACUUCAGCCGGCAGCUGUCCUGCAAGAGGAAGGUGGCCUUGCAGGAGCGCAAUGCCAAGCUGGAGGGCUUCCCCCAGCUCCUGCACUGGUUCCGCAUCGUCGACAUCCGCAAGGAGGUGAUGGAGGAAAUCGCCCCCGGGCAGCUGAGCCUGGAGGAGCUGCUGGACAUGACCGAUGACCAGGUCUGUGCGACCGUGGAGAAGUUUGGGGCCAACAGCGAGGAGUGUGCCCGCCUGAACGCCUCCCUCUCCUGCCUCCGCAGCGUCCACAAGUCCGGCGGCAGCCUCUCCAAGCAGGAUUGGACCAUCCAGUGGCCCACGACGGAGCCGGGGAAGGAGAACAGCCCCGGGUGCCAGCCGGAGCCGGGGCAGUGGGGCAGGACGCACCUCUCGCAGAGCCCCAAGGUCCAACCCAAGUGCGGGCAGCAUCACUGCCACGCGGGCUCGCCCCACGGACCCAUGUACACCCACGUGGACAGGCUGACCGUGGAGGGUCACCCGGGGCUGUGCCCGCCCAUGGAAUCCGGCCACCGGUCCCUGCCGCCCUCCCCGCGCCAGCGGCACGCCGCUCACACCCCUCCGCGUACCCCCAACAUCGUGACCAUGAUGACGCCGCCGGGCACGCCGCCGGUACGACGGAGGAAUAAACUGAAGCCCCCCGGGACACCCCCGCCCUCGUCGCGAAAACUGAUCCAUCUCAUCCCCGGCUUCACCGCGCUGCACCGGAGCAAAUCCCACGAGUUCCAGCUGGGGCAUCGCGUGGACGAGGCGCACACCCCCAAGGUCAAGAAGAAGAACAAGCCCUUGAACCUCAAGAUCCACAACAGCGUGGGAAGCUGCGAGAACAUCCCCGCCCAGCGCUCCCCGCUCCUCUCCGAGCGCUCCCUGCGCUCCUUCUUCGUGGGGUACCCGCCUUUCCUCCCCUCCACCCCUCCUGUCCACACCGAAGCCACCUUCUCAGCAAAUACGCUGUCAGUGCCUCGCUGGUCCCCGCAGAUCCCCCGUCGAGAUCUAGGAAACUCGAUAAAACACAGGUUUUCCACCAAGUACUGGAUGUCUCAGACCUGCACCGUCUGCGGGAAAGGAAUGUUGUUCGGCUUAAAAUGCAAAAACUGCAAGCUCAAGUGCCACAACAAAUGCACCAAAGAGGCCCCUCCGUGUCACCUGCUGAUCAUCCACCGUGGAGGGAGACGAGCCGUUCGGGGCGAGGCAGAUUUGCAUUGCAAACCACUUCCACCCACCCUUCCCCUGCCUCCUUUUCUUUUCAGAUUCCCCACCGCACGGGCAAGGUUAGUCCGGACAGAGUCGGUGCCCUGUGAUAUCAACAACCCCUUGCGGAAACCCCCCAGGUAUUCGGACCUGCAUGUCAGCCAGACGCUCCCCAAAACCAACAAACUCAACAAGGAUCACAUCCCGGUGCCCUACCAGCCAGACUCCAGCAGCAACCCCUCCUCCACCACCUCCUCCACACCCUCCUCGCCGGCCCCACCGCUGCCGCCCAGCGCGACGCCCCCGUCCCCCCUGCACCCCUCCCCGCAGUGCCCACGCCAGCAGAAGCAGUUCAACUUGCCAGCUUCCCAUUACUACAAGUACAAGCAGCAGUUCAUUUUCCCAGAUGUGGUGCCCGAGACGCCGACGCGAGCCCCGCAGGUCAUCCUCCACCCCGUCAACUCCAACCCCAUCCUGGAAGGAAACCCAUUGCUUCAAAUUGAAGUGGAGCCCACCUCGGAGAACGAGGAAGGCCCCGAGGAGGCGCAGGAGUCCGAGGAUGACUUCGAAGAGAUGAACCUCUCGCUCCUCUCCGCACGCAACUUCCCCCGCAAGGCCAGCCAGACCAGCAUCUUCCUCCAGGAGUGGGACAUCCCCUUUGAGCAGCUCGAGAUCGGCGAGCUCAUUGGCAAGGGCCGCUUUGGGCAGGUCUUUCACGGGCGCUGGCACGGGGAGGUGGCCAUCCGCCUCAUCGACAUCGAGCGGGACAACGAGGACCAGCUGAAAGCCUUCAAGAGGGAGGUGAUGGCGUACCGGCAGACCCGGCACGAGAACGUGGUGCUCUUCAUGGGAGCCUGCAUGAGCCCUCCCCACCUCGCCAUCAUCACCAGCCUGUGUAAAGGACGGACUCUCUACUCAGUGGUGAGAGACGCCAAAAUCGUCCUGGAUGUCAACAAGACAAGGCAGAUAGCACAAGAAAUUGUGAAGGGAAUGGGCUACCUGCAUGCCAAGGGGAUCCUCCACAAGGACCUCAAGUCAAAAAAUGUUUUCUACGACAACGGGAAGGUGGUGAUCACAGACUUCGGCCUCUUCAGCAUCUCGGGAGUUCUCCAAGCAGGCAGGAGGGAGAACAAGCUGCGGAUCCAGAACGGCUGGUUGUGCCACCUCGCCCCCGAGAUCAUCCGUCAGCUCUCGCCGGACACCGAGGAGGACAAGCUGCCCUUCUCCAAGCACUCGGAUGUCUUUGCACUGGGCACAAUCUGGUAUGAGCUGCACGCACGGGAAUGGCCCUUCAAGACGCAGCCAGCGGAGGCAAUAAUCUGGCAGGUGGGAAGAGGGAUGAAGCCCAACCUCAGCCAGAUCGGGAUGGGCAAGGAGAUCUCGGACAUCCUCCUCUUCUGCUGGGCCUACGAGCAAGAGGAGAGACCCACCUUCACCAAGCUCAUGGACAUGCUGGAGAAACUGCCAAAGCGCAAUCGUCGCCUUUCCCACCCCGGGCACUUCUGGAAGUCGGCAGAGCUGUGACGGGAGGAGUUAAGGGACGGUGCCUUCCUCCCCCUGCGGUUCUCCUCUUCCUCUCCGCUUCCCACCCUGUGCUACAGAGGAGCAGCGGGCGCUGCGGGCCGACAGCAGGAUGGGAAUGAGCCUCUUCCUCCGCCGCGAUUCACCCCAUGAAGCCUCUCUGCAAGGGCUGGAGGAGCUGAGCCGGCGGCCGAGCCUCGGAGAGCCCCGGGGACGCCCGGCUGCGGUGGGAUGGGGACGGUGGGCAGCUCUCCGUGCACAUGGGGUCAGGUCCUGGGCCGGUUCCCCGCUGAGCAGGGGCAACCCACGAGGCAGAUGGCUUCAAAUUAACCCCAGGGUUAAAGCCUCUGAUCCCAAUCAGCAUGGUCAGUGCUCAUGAUGCUCAGCUGGGGAGGGGUUGCUUCUUGGUUCUUGGUGAGUUUAUUUAAUUUCUGGUUUGUUUUGUUGGUUUUUUUGUUUGGUUUUUUUUUUUUUUUUUUUCUUUUUUAAAGAAAAGGGGGAAAUCUUGCUGAUUCAUGAGUUUAGCACUGGAGCCUGCUGGGACCAGGGAGUGCCACUGCUAUUAGCUGCCCCCUGCGGGGAAAUGCAUCUACAGAUUCGGAACUGGAGGAGUCCUGCUCCCCCACGCCUCAGCAGCCCCUUCAUGGGCAGCAGUGACCUUUCACAAGUGGCUUCUCUACCUCCUGGCCAUGCCCACUUAUGCUCCCCCCCUGGUCUCCCUCUCAGCAGAGCGCAUCUCUACAUUCCUGUUAAUUUAGCUGUCUGUCCCAGUGCGUAUCUAAUCAGCGAGCCUUUCCCUCUCCCCCUCCCCGGCGGUGCUUUGCUCUUGGGUUUGAUUCUUAUUCCUGAAGGUGCUGCCAAAGCCCUGGGUCUAGGGAUGCUCUGGGGCCAGGCAGAACGGAGUGGCUGGGGUUGGAGUGCUUCCCCUCUCCCGUUGCUUUCCGCGGGCUCGCUGCCAGAGCCGGGGUUGCAGACAGGCUCUGGUUGUACAGAGCAUCUCCCUCCCCAGCCCCACGCACGGGAGCCGCCGUGGACAUCUCGGAAGCCAUGCCCAGGACCAUUUUCCCUUGCAUCUCCAUCUUCCCUCAGCCAAAUCCCGGACCUCCCUGAAGAGAUCCUCUUUGGGCAGCGUCUCAGAGCCGGUGUUGCCGGCUGAAUACCAUGUGCUGGUAUUUCCCUCUCCCCAUCAGGUCGGGUGGGUCCAUUAGAUGAGCUGUCAAGUGACAGAUGAUAGUAAAUUGUGUUUUCAGGCCCUUAUUGAGCAUAAUUGCUUGACAGCAACCAUCCUGAAUAAUUCAAUCGUAGUCUAAGUUAGCUUUAAUUUGGAGACAUGACGAGGCUCUGCAAACUAACCAGCCCUGGUUUGUUUGCUGUUCCUCUAACUCCCCCUUGCCAGCACUUGAACUGCUUUAGCAUAAGUAAAUGAAGAUUAGAAACCUAAUUGCAGCUAGGAAGAGAUGUUGCUUCAAUCAUGGGGGCGUGUAUGAAGGUGCUUUUAUUUCUUAAAAUUUGCACACAUGUAUAUGUAUAAAGUCUGAGGUGGGCAGGAGCGAGGCGGGAGUGAAUCUGGUCUCCAAGCAUGCUGGCAGAAGGUCAGUCUGGAUGAGUCUCCUGCUGAUGCUUUUGAGACGUUUGCUGUGCCAUGCGGCUGCAUCUCGCUCUCAGAUGUUUUGCACGAAGUGGGGCUGAUCACCUGCUUCUGCCUCUGGUGCUGAGGCCAAGUGGGACAAGCAAGUGAGAGCAGGAUGAGCCCUCGUUUGUGCUAAUUGCCCCCCGCACCAGACAGCACGGGCGGUUUGUGGUCCCCUGGGAGUGAUGCUGCAGAGCUCAGCGUAGGUGGCUGAGCAUCACCUCAUCCCGGUGAUGAAGGACGCUCCAUGGAUGUUUGCCCUCUGCCUCCUCUGCAUCCCACUUCUUCCCUUGCUAACACCUCCCCCCCACCCUUCCCCACCUUCUUCAUCCCACCCCGGGCCUCAGCAGUGAUGUCCCCUGCUGCCCGUCCUCCCCAUCCCCGCCCUUCCCCCCCCGCCUCAUGCCUUCUCCAUCCUCUGCGCAUGUGCGCACAUGUGCCAUAAAUGUUGCACUAAGCCUCAGAGUCUCUCUGAGUUUUCACCAAUGCCUUCGCCUGCGGUGGUCCUGAGGUCUGUGGGAGGGGGCACAUCCCUGCUGCCGGAGGUCUUGACUGCUGGGGGGGCGCAGGGAGGUCUCACUGUGAAAUCACUGGUUCCCGAACCACGUUCAGAUGGAGUGAUCACAGUAGAAAGUUGGUGUCCUCUUGCUCAGUGGCAUUAGUUUCUAAGUAGCUGUGAACUUCCUAGGUGAGCAGCGUGUGUUGGAAGGAUGAAGGAGGUGAUGCUAUGGGUGCUGCUCAGCACGGGGGGUGGCAAAGGGCUGUAGCCCGAUAGACGUUGCUCAGAUUUAUGGUGAAAGGUACAAUGUCCAUCUUGAAAGAUUUACUGUGGGUUUGCUCUCUGUUCCCCAAGCCCUCUAUUUGCCUGGGAAGUCUCACUUUGACAUAUCCCCCCACGGGGUCUCACCAGCCGUUGGCUGAGACACAAGGAAACAAGUGAACUGAUGAGCACGUUGGUUUGGUUACCCCACGGCGUCAGGUCCUCACCAGGAGCACAGAGCUGGCUGCAGUGGCCUCGGCCAAGCGUUCCUCCCCUGGCCUGUGGGCAUCUGAAAGGAGCUAAGUGCUCCUAUAGCCAACAAAGCUUGCCAACUCUUCUCUCAUCUCCCUCCUCUUUCUCCCGCUGCUUCCCUCACCGUAACGUCUCAGACAGGCCAUGAGCAGAGCCGCUGCACAAUAGUAUCAAUGGAAAAAUAGCUGCCCUGUAUUUAUCAUAAAUUAGCUCAGAAGAGCAGCUCCUUCCCUUCCAUUCAGCGCAGCAACGGUUGUUUAUGCAGCCGUGUUAUUUGCAUCAUGCCUCCUUAUUUUUGAAAGUCUUAAUUAUUAAAAAAACCCCAAACCAACAAAUCUUACUUUUUGUUGUUGUUGUUGUUGUUGUUGUUCUUUGUUUUUUGACUCCAGCUUUGUGAGGUUUUUUUUUUUUCCCCCAGUUUAAAAAUAUCCAGCCCUUCAGCAGGGAGAGAAUGUAGGAGAAGCUCUCCACAAUGCCCUCUAAUAGGAGAUCCGAAGGAGCGAGAAGAUCCAUCCGGUGGCUCAGUUUAGCUGCGCGAGCUAGAGGAGAGACAGGGGUUACUUCCAGAUGCGCUGGGCGAGAGCAGAGCCAGUUUUAGCACACUGGUGUUUUGAGCAGCAGCUUGAGAUGUAGGGAACCGUCCCCAGCCCCGCGGUACCUCCCCGGGCUCUUGCAGCGGAGCAGCCCCAGCGAUGCUCUCCUGUCCUGGUCCUCCAGCUCUCAGCUGCUUCACCCCUUCGGUCGCCCUCCGAGGCUCUUCGCUGAGCUCCCCAGUCCCUGACCUUGCUGCUGCCUGAGGGUUUGUUUUUUUUUUCCAGCAUUUCACUGCUCACAGGGAACACUGCGUUUGGGGCUGGGUAGUGAAGCCACUGCCGGUGAGGGAAGUAGUGGUGCUGCACGGCCCCCAAGCACUAUGUCCUCCUUGGGCUGCCAAAAUAUAUCCCCCGGCCCUGCUUCUUCUUCUAUCCACCUUUCCCCCCAAGAUUACCCAAAUCCUUGCUGAGCCAAGACUGGGUGGCUCCUGGGGACGAUGAGCUCAGAGUCAGGCCCUGAUGACUUUCAUCCAGUACUCGACCAUGGCAGGAGCUGAGACGAUUAAGAUUUAAGAGAGAUGGUAGCAGAAAAGAAUGUCUCGGAGGCGAAGGAGCUGCUCAACCUUUGCUAGAUGCUAUGGAAGGGUUGGGGUCUGCGGCGUGGUCUCUCUGGCCACACUAAGGAGAAGGGUGACGUGCCGGUGGUGCCAUGAGACGGUGUCUGCGCCCCUCAAGUGCCGCGGGGAGCCCGGGGCCGAGCCCGCUGGUGGCCGGGGCUCUGCUGGGCACCUUCGCUUGCCUUCCUCCUUUCCUCGCCGUUUAUUUAUUUUAAUUUAUUUUAAUUUAUUAUUUCUUUUUUUUUUUUGCAAAUAGUGAUCCUUCGGGAAGCUUGGUCAGCUGCAAAAGCCUUCUUUAAUUUCUGGUCCCUGUAAAGUACGCUGUUACAUUUUCUUGUACAUAAGGUAUAUAUAAAUAUAUAUACAUAUCUCUAUAUGUAUGUAUAUAGAUAUAUACAUAUAUAACAAGCUCUAAAUCCUGUACAGUUUCAAACUGAAUUCGAUGGCCUGCUUUGUUUUCUCUGUGUUAGUUCUGACCGUUGCAGAAUGAGCUGACUUUCAUUUCCCUUCUCCUCUUUCCCUUUUCUUUUUAUAAAUAUAUACAUAAAUAUAUAUAUAUAUAUUUUGUUGUCGUUGUUGGAAAACUCUCGUCACUGGAAAAGAACAGUUGAUUCUGGUGCAAAAAAAAAAUCACCCACAAACCAACAAAAAAAAUUGCUGAGAAAGGCACGAUGGAUCUCCCUGAUGUAAAUUUGUACAGUAACAUUUAUAACGUUUUCUACACUUGAAGAAAGUAUUUAUAAUUUCAGCUGUCUGACUGAGUGCGAAUCUCUGUGACCUGCAGAAAUGGAUAGCCAUUUGUUCCCGUGGUUUCUCGUGCAGUGUUUGGUGAGGUGACAGUGUAUGAAUUAUUUAUGCCAAUAAAAAAAAAAAAAAAACAAAACCAAAACUUUGAAAA